CCGUUGGAGACGUCGGAAGCCAUACUGGACUUGUUACCCUUACCGGAUCUUGUUUCAUUCAGCAAAACUUGUAAACAAACACGCAUGGACGUUAGAAAGUACAAGGAAAGAGUAUUUAGCGUUCAACAUGCCUAUCGAAACUUUUUAAACGUCGAAGAAAUUGGAGAAUUUCAAAUUUUGCAGAGUUCAACUGGACUAUUGGUAUCUGGUUCGACUGUUCUUGAAUUUUUCAAUCGAGAAAUUUACCACGGAGAUUUGGAUACAUUUUGCAAUAUUCAGCACUGCAAAAUUGCUGGCGAUUGGUUGAUAUCUCAUGGCUAUUCUUAUCGCCCCAAAGAAGGUCAGGCUAUCGAUUUUGAUAGCGCCUUCUCCGAGACAUAUGACGAAGAAAGAGCAAGUCAAACUCCACAAGAUGCGGAUACAGAUGAAUACCGAUUUAAUACGGUGGUUAAUAUCUGGAAUUUUAUGCGGAGCUCUUCCAAAAUCCAGCUCAUUGCUACUGGCGGUGCACCUUUAGAAUCCAUCUUUUCAUUCCAUUCAACCUGCGUAAUGAAUGUCUUCACGCAUCGCGCCGCGUACUGUUUCUUUUCUAAACUUACCUUGGAAGAAAAAACGACAAUGUUGAUCGACAUCCAAGCACCUUUAAACGCUCGAGAAAUGUAUCCGAUACAGAAAUACAAAAAUCGUGGAUUCAACAUUAUGCAUCAUCCAGAU